AUGCAACAUCCGAAUUCUGUGGCGCUGCUCAGUGCUAUAUACGUAUUUACUCUGGCAGCUGCGGGCAGCGUGCCCAGAGGUGUUGGCCCUGAAUUUGUUUCUCACUACGAAGGCAAGGAGGAGUUCUCUUGCAUCACCAAUGCGGCCAUUAAGCUAAGUCUCGACCAAAUCAACGAUAACACCUGCGAUUGCCCCGACGGCUCAGACGAACCUGGCACUGCGGCUUGUGCCAACAUCGAUCCUCUUUCCCCCGAGCAACCUCUCGCCGGCUCCCUCUCCGGCACUACCAACACGACCAAUGCUCUUCCUGGCUUCUGGUGUGCCAAUGAGGGCCACAUUGGGAUGUACGUGCCGUUCCUCUACGUCAAUGACGGCGUGUGUGAUUACGACCUCUGCUGUGAUGGCUCAGAGGAGUACUCUACUGUCCACGGCGUCAAGUGCGAGAACAAGUGUGCAGAGAUUGGAAAGGAGCACAGGAGGCUAGAGGAAGAGAAGAGGAAGAACAUGCAGCAGGCGGCCAAGAAGCGAGGCGCUAUGGUCGCCGAGGCAAAGAAUCUUCGACAAAAGGUUGAGCAGAAGGUCGCAGACCUCAACAAGGAGAUUGCGACCCUCGAAGCCAAGAAGGAGGAGCUCGCGCGCAAGCACCGUGAAGCCGAACAGCAAGAUAAGGGCAAGGUUGUUCGCGAGGGCGGCAAUGGCGGUGGCAAGCUCGGUGUUCUUGUUGGAUUGGCAAAGACACGCGUCACUGAGCUCCGCGACACCCUUGAUGAUGUCGUUAACCAGCGCGAUGUUCUCAAGGAGAGAGUCGGUGAGCUCGAGGGGCUUCUUACCAAGUUCAAGACUGACUACAACCCCAACUUCAACGAUGAGGGUGUCAAAGCAGCUAUUCGAUCAUUCGAGGAUUACUCAGCUCGACAGGCGGAGAAGCUUGGCGAGAAGGUUCUUCCUGAUGAGGAUAUCAUGAGUGUUCUUAAGGAAGACGGUGAGGACAACGGCGUGAAUUGGAGUGAGUUUGAAGAGGGUGAGGGAAGUGAUACUGAUAUCCUCUACAACUUCGAGGCUUAUCUUCCUCCCCCCGUCCGCGAUUUUGUCCACAGCAGCCUCAAUUCCCUCCGCGUCUGGGCCAUCACCAACGGUAUCCUCGCCGACAACACAAGUCCCGGCAAAGAAUCCACUCUCGUCCGCGCCGCUCGCGAAGCCCUUGACGCCGCCGACCGCGACCUCAGCGACAAGCAAUCCACCCUCAGCGUCGAACAAGCCGAUCUCACUACCGACUACGGUCCGGACGACAUCUUCCGCGCUCUCAAGGGCAAGUGCGUUUCCCUCGAGGCAGGAGAAUAUACCUACGAGCAAUGCUGGCUGGACCGCACCAAGCAAAAGUCCAAGAAGGGCCAUGGACAGAGCAACAUGGGUAACUUCAAGCGCAUCGACCGCGAGAUGGCUGACGAUGAGGAGAGAAUUGAUGGCAAGAGUCUUGGAAAGGGCGAGAGGAUGGUUCUGCGAUAUGAAGAUGGCCAACAGUGCUGGAACGGCCCCCAGAGGAGAACGGAUGUUUGGCUGGGCUGUGCCGAGACAGAGGAGGUUUGGCGUGUGAGUGAAAGUGAGAAGUGUGUGUACAAGAUGGAGAUCGGCACACCUGCGGCCUGUGACUUUUCGAAGUGGGAUGUUGGAACUCAGCCCAAGAAGCCUCGAUCCAGGGAUGAGCUAUAA